ACCCAGUAUGCAUUAUUCCCACAGCCAUCUCAGAGAGAGAGAGGGAGUGACGGGCUGCGACCGGGAUUCAAAAGAAGGACGAGAAAUGGCGUUUUCACGUGAAAUACAAAAUGACAUCCAGCGAGUCAAAAUGCUUAAGUUAUCAUUAAUUAGCUCUUGUUUCCUAGUUAUAGUAGCUCGUCUGGGAGCUGCAUGGAGACAGCUAGCUAGCACCUCCAGUUGUCACAGAGUCAGCCAAGACGACACACGUUAACUCCUUAUUACUCUAUUCUCAUUAACGUGAUUGUCCGCAACAAUAAAGCUAGUUAAAGCCGCUAAAAUAAGUCGUGACAGCACCAAUUCGGUUAGCGUAGUUAGCAAUGCUGUUAGCAUGGUGGCUAACCACCCUACUCCUCCGUUACAUGACGUUACGUCUCGGCUGUGCAUUCAAACAUGCUAUCAGUCAAGUGUGCUAACCGAGCAGCCUUUAACAGCCGCUCCACUAUACUUAAUAUGUAAUGUUUUAUUACAGAGUGACACGUGUGGCAAAGUCAUAGUUGUGCUAACAUCGUAGCUAGCUACCCCCCAAAAUGCUAUAUUCAAAAUAUCAAGCGCCAAAAAACAGCUGAGAGGAAAUAAGAGCCCACUUAGGUGGUGGUCACUUAUUAGCAUAAAAAGUACAAUAUUUAUAGAGCUGUGACUACAACUGUCAAGUUUGCUAUAUUAUUAUGUCUUAUUGAUAAUCUCUGAAGUAUUAUAAUGCAUCACUGACCUGUACUAUACUUGUAUACAUACCUUUACUUUAAUAAUGCAUAUUAAUACUUUUACAAGUCCACCCACCAUAACACUAUAAUUAUUACUGUUCUAUUGCCAUUUUUACCAUCUACACUUAAAGAUACCAAAAGUUGAAUGUGUGCUAAAUAUUUCCAGGGACAAUGCACAUUGAUCAACAUCAAUGUAGAAGUGUCAGUGAUGGUAAUGCAUUUUUUAAAUGUUGUUCCUUAGCCUGAUGUUAAAAUGGCAAUUAAAAGAACAAUAAAACACACGACAUGUAGACGUAGAACUGGUGAAAUCAAAACAUGGAGGAAUAAAAAGCUCAGUGGACUAAGACAAGUGUCAUGUAUAGUAGGACAUGUACAAUGCAGACAUUUAAUACAAAACAAGGGUAAGCAGACAGGCAGUUAAAACAUAACAACAUAAAAUCACAUGACAUUACAAAAGAGGAAGGUAAAACAUAAAAACAAAACAAGCAAACCAACAAAAGGCUAAGUAAAAUGAGAACAGACGGGGAACGCAUGUGGUGACGAGGUAUGACAGCAUGUCUGGUCUGUUUUUUGAACCAAUAUUAAGGAUUAUAAGAGUCACUAGUGUAUAAUGGGAUGUUUACAGUUAUUUGUUAGAAUUUAAGAGAAAAUUAGUUUGGGAACAUGCACCACAAAACCACAGUUACUGACACGAUAAGGGCUUUGUGGUGGGUUAUGCUUUAUUCCCUGAACUUAAAGGCUCUGAUUUCAUGUGUCUCUCUGUGUCUGGGCUGAUCAUCCUGCAGCUGGCCGCCCUUGGGGAGGGUGUAUAGUGUUGAAAGGCCGAAACACUCAAUGACACAAGGGAACAUUACUGAUGAUGUGUUCUGGGCCCAACUGUCCCAAAAUUCUACAACCUAAACCAAGCCAAGAUACACCCCACACAAGCUGGAAAACCCCCACUUGUCGAUCAUCAACCACUCAAAACAAGCAGCUGAAGCAUGCUCUUGGCCCAGAUAAACCGGGACUCCCAGGGAAUGGCAGAGUUUCACGAUGCAGAUGGGCAGCCGGUCACACUCUGUCUGACGGAGGCUGUGACGGUUGCAGAUGGCGAUCAGAUGGAGAGCAUGGACACCGUGAGCCUGCAGGCCGUCACUCUCGCAGACGGGUCCACCGCAUACAUCCAGCACGACUCCAAAUCGUCCUUUUCGGAUGGACAGUUCAUGGACGGCCAGGUGAUCCAGCUGGAGGACGGCUCUGCUGCCUACGUUCAGCAUGUGUCGAUGCCUAAAGGAGGAGGGGACACUUUACAGCUUGAAGAUGGACAAGCAGUUCAGCUAGAAGAUGGAACAACAGCCUACAUCCACACACCCAAAGAAGUAUAUGACCAGAGCGGCCUGCAGGAGGUGCAGCUGGAGGACGGCAGCACCGCCUACAUCCAGCACACGGUGCACAUGCCCCAGUCCAACACCAUCCUGGCCAUCCAGGCCGACGGCACCAUCGCAGACCUGCAGGCCGAGGCCACAGCCAUCGACCCUGAGACCAUCAGCGUGCUGGAACAGUACACCGCCAAGGUGGAGAAUAUUGAAAACCCCUUGGGGUCCUUCGGCAGAGUGGAAGUAGACAAUGGCGUCCACAUGCGGAUUGUGUUACAGGGUCAAGACAACAGGUCAGCGAGGGGCUCAAACGUAGGAGAGAAGUCUUUCCGCUGUGAAUACGAGGGCUGUGGAAAGCUCUACACCACUGCCCACCAUCUCAAGGUACACGAGCGCUCCCACACUGGAGACAAGCCGUACGUCUGUGACUAUCCAGGCUGUGGGAAGAAGUUUGCAACAGGGUAUGGACUGAAGAGUCACUCACGCACACACACGGGGGAGAAGCCAUAUAGAUGUCAAGAACUGAACUGCUGCAAGUCCUUCAAAACAUCCGGAGACCUUCAAAAGCACACAAGGACUCAUACAGGGGAGAAGCCUUUCAAAUGUCCGGUCGAUGGCUGCGGCAGGUCGUUUACCACCUCCAACAUCCGCAAAGUUCACAUCCGAACACACACCGGGGAGAGGCCGUACUACUGCUCUGAGCCAAGCUGCGGACGGUCAUUCGCAAGUGCCACCAACUACAAGAACCAUAUGAGGAUACACACUGGAGAGAAACCUUAUGUCUGCACAGUGCCUGGCUGUGAAAAGCGCUUCACAGAAUACUCCAGCCUUUACAAACACCAUGUGGUUCAUACACCCUGCAAACCUUACAACUGCAACCACUGUGGGAAAACCUACAAGCAGAUCUCAACACUGGCCAUGCACAAACGCACAGCGCACAACGACACGGAGCCCAUCGAGGAGGAGCAGGAGGCCUACUUUGAGCCCCCAACAGACGCCAUUGAUGACCCCAACGUCAGCUACACGACGGCGGUGGUCGAGGCAGACGACUCCGGCUCAGAGCAGCUUCCUGUGGAGGGAUCGGACAUGAUUUGUCAGCAGCACGUUGCAUUGGUAACGCAGGAGGACGGGACGCAACAGCAGGUCAGUAUCUCUGAAGCAGACUUACAAGCCAUGGGGGGCACGAUCACGAUGGUGACCCAAGAAGGCACGACCAUCACCAUCCCGGCCCACGAACUGGCAACGCAAGGUGCUCACUCGGUUACAAUGGUAACAACAGACGGCUCAGAAGAACAGGUGGCCAUCAUGACGUCGGAUAUGGCCGCGUUCCAAACCGUGGAGGAGGCUGGCUACAGCCAAGAGCAGGAUGACAUUCAUCCUGUCACAUUACUGGCCACCUCCAACGGCACUCACAUUGCUGUGCAGCUCAGCGAUCAGCCUUCGCUGGAGGAAGCCAUCAGAAUAGCAUCAAGAAUACAGCAAGGAGAGUCACCGGGCCUGGAUGAUUGAUGGACUCAUUAUGGAACAUGAUUUAGGAUAAUAACAAACAAAGAACAUCUCAAUUGGACUAUAUCAACGAGAGAAAUCGCAAGUCUUCCUCCGUGUUUUUGUUCCACUAAAGAACUUAGCUUUUAUGUGUACAUAGGAUUUUGAUAACUGGAGUUCUGCUCUGCUAUUUUGUUCCCCAAACCAGAAGAGACGGGAGAGGGGAAAAUGCUUUCUUAUGUUUAUGGUGCACAGUGCACAGUGCAGUGUACAGCUAACGCUAUUUCUAAUAAAAAAAAACAAGAUAAAAAAAAGUGUGAUU